AUGAAGACAAUCGGAAUCAUUGGCGGCAGCACUGACUUGGCUACGGUUGAGUACUACAAGCUCAUCAAUGCGCAUGUUAGAGCAAAGCUAGGAGGCCUCCACACUGGCGAGAUUAUCAUCAACUCCAUGAACUUUGAGCGAAGCGCACACUUCGUGACCAACAACCUCUGGAAUGAAGGAGGAGAGUAUCUGCAUAGAAAGGCGCUGAGCUUGGAGAGGGCGGGAGCCGACUUCAUCAUCUGCGUUUCGAACACGUGGCAUCGAGUCUCUGAGGCUUUCAUGAAGGACUCUGGGUAUUUGCCAAAGGAGUUUGGCAGCCGCUUCGGCAUAACCAUUGUCGUACCAACGGAAGAAGAACAAACUUAUAUCGACGACGUCAUCUUCAACGAGCUCGCCAAAUCCCAGUUUACCGAUGAAUCAAGGCACGGAUAUCUAAACAUCGUGGACAAGCUGGUCUCUCGAGGCGCGCAGGGUGUCAUUCUGGGGUGUACGGAGAUUCCAUUACUCAUCGAACAGAAAGAUCGGCCAAGUAUCCCAUUGUUUAAUACAUUGGAGCUGCAUGCUCGAGGUGCUGCGGAAAUGGCGCUGGCGGGCUAG